CGCCCCGCGCCCGCCCUUGCUAACAGGCACCUUCCGCCCCCUGCAUUGCUGAUGCUGCUACUGGCAGACAUGGACGUGGUGAAUCAGCUGGUGGCUGGGGGUCAGUUCCGGGUGGUCAAGGAGCCCCUUGGCUUCGUGAAAGUGCUGCAGUGGGUCUUUGCCAUCUUCGCCUUUGCUACAUGCGGCAGCUACAACGGAGAGCUUCGGCUGAGCGUGGAGUGUGCCAACAAGACGGAGAGUGCCCUCAACAUCGAAGUUGAAUUUGAGUACCCCUUCAGGCUGCACCAAGUAUACUUUGAUGCGCCCACCUGCAAAGGGGGUACCACCAAGGUCUUCCUAGUUGGGGACUACUCCUCGUCAGCUGAAUUCUUUGUCACCGUGGCUGUGUUUGCCUUCCUCUACACCAUGGGAGCCCUGGCCACCUACAUUUUUCUGCAGAACAAGUACCGAGAGAACAACAAAGGGCCUAUGAUGGACUUUCUGGCCACAGCAGUGUUCGCCUUCAUGUGGCUAGUUAGCUCAUCUGCCUGGGCCAAAGGCCUGUCGGAUGUGAAGAUGGCCACAGACCCAGAGAACAUUAUCAAGCAGAUGACUAUGUGCCGCCAGACAGGGAACACAUGCAAGGAACUAAGGGACCCUGUGACUUCAGGACUCAACACCUCAGUGGUGUUCGGCUUCCUCAACCUGGUGCUCUGGGUUGGCAACCUAUGGUUCGUGUUCAAAGAGACAGGCUGGGCCGCCCCGUUCAUGCGCGCACCUCCAGGUGCCCCGGAAAAGCAACCAGCACCUGGGGAUGCCUACGGCGAUGCGGGCUACGGCCAGGGUCCCGGAGGAUAUGGGCCCCAGGACUCCUACGGGCCUCAGGGUGGUUACCAGCCCGACUACGGGCAGCCAGCCGGUGGCAGUGGCGGUGGCUACGGGCCUCAGGGCGACUAUGGGCAGCAAGGCUACGGCCCACAGGGCGCGCCCACCUCCUUCUCCAAUCAGAUGUAAUCUGGUCAGUGAAGCCCACGAAGACCCCACAGGUGGGCAAGAGCUCAACAGAAGGCCUGUCCCACUUUCCAUCCCCAUCCCCUAGGUCUCCACCUCUCAACCCAGGAAACCCUAACUGUCUUUGUUGUAUAUAUAUAGAGAGAGAAAGAAAGAAAGAAAGAUAGAUAGAUAGAUAGAUAGAUAGAUAGAUAGAUAGAUAGAUAUAGAUAUAUAGAUAUAUAUAUAUUUAUCUGUCUGAGCCUUACCCUUACCCAACUUCUCCAUGCACUAGGAGCCCAGUCCUGAAUGGGCUCCUCCCUAACCCUGACUUUGCAUUCUUCAACCCCUAUCUGUUCCCCAGCCCUGUCCCUUGAGGUAAGGGGGCUCUAGAAAGGGAACAGGAAAGGGACCAGACCUUGGCUGCAUGGAGUGGGUCGAUGUGACUUUUCCUCUUCCUUCUUUCCUUCUGCUCCUCCCAACUCUGGCUUUGGUUCCUCCAGCAUCACAUGAACAGAAGCUUGAAUAGAAAUCCAACCCCAAGAGUAGAACAUUAGAUUGGGUGGAGGCUUAGGUAAAACAGAUGGAGAGGAGAGGAGCUCUGGAUAGAAAAGACUAGACAGCUGAGAGUUGAGUUCCAGACAUACUGGAUGUGCAGCCUAAAAGGAAAGUGGUGUCUACAGCAUUCUGGAAUGAGGCUUGAUAGGACCUGGGAGGGUGGUUCUAGGAGGGGCGUGGCUUUAACACAGUGGACUCCGGAAUGGGCAGGCUUGGGUUGAAUCCAGCAUCUCUAAAAGGGGUGUGUCUUGCAGCAUUCAGGAGUUUGAGCUUGAUUCCAAAGAGCCUGAGCAAGGAUAGAAAUAGGGUUCAGGAAUGAACCUAAGCUAGAGGUGAGGUCCUGGUCAGGAUUCCAGACAGGAAUAUGAAGAGUAUGAGGAAUGUGAGGUGGUUGCAGAAGAGGAAGCCCUUUCUGUUAUGGGGCAGAAAAGAAAAUAUGUUUUCAUUUUAGUGUAGUUUGACCAGUAGGCCUGAGUGCUGGGUGGGAGUCCAUGGUUAAGACCUGUGAGAUUAGUUUUAUUACAAGUAGGAAGGAAUACUCCUGGCCCCUGGGAAUUGAGGUAACCUAGGAUUAGCCAAGUAUUGUAGUUUGGAGCAUAACGGGUAUUAUCCAGAGAGAAAUGGCCCUUGUUCACCCCCCCCCACCAGAAGACAGCUAGAUAAUCAGAAGACAGAGUCUACAGGUCUGUGGGGCUGGCCCACAGUCUUCCCCCUUUCUCUACCCUCUCCCUCCAUACUCCUGUUGUCCCAGAAUACUUGGAAGCUGGGUCUGGAGCCCCAGUCCUGUACCCUCUGCUGUGUCAGUGAUAUUGGUAGUGCCUGUGAUCAUGUGUUGCCAUUUUGUCUGACUGUGGCCCCUCCCUCUUCCCUCCAGACCCCCUACUUUCCUGUGCCCUUUGGUAUUGUUUGAAGACCCCCUCCCCAAGGAAGAACAAAUAUGAGAAAUUUCCCUCUCCCAAAUAAACUCCUCAACCAUC